GCGUCACAAAAUAAACGCAAGACGCGCGACUUUAAGCAGAUUCUAAUGUAUCGAUGUUGAUGCUCGCGCCCCCGUAUCAACUAUCAGUAAUACUAGUCCCGAGCACACUUCUAACAGUUGUCCUUCUAUGAGCGACCCCACCUAGAGCAGCCCCCAGGAGCCCGACACUAGCCACCCGCACUACAACUUCUCAAGAACCCAGUUUAAUAAAACGCAAGAAGCUACCAUCAUGAAGCCUCCUCUCCACCCAUCUCAAUCCAUGUCUUCGCUGGUUUCUUCUGCCGUGGCGCCCGAGCAGGACGUAAAAGACGCCGCCACCCCAAACCGCUUGAAACACCUCGACUGGGACGCCAUCAAGCCUCUGCCCCCGGCCAACGGGGUGCCCCCGAAGGAGUGGGCAAGCUUCUUGGAAGAAGUGGGGAAGGAGCAAAAGAAACUUUUGCAGGAAAAAGAACAACAAGGUGCCCAAGUAGCAGCUUUGCAGUCCGACACAGUGUCGACUCUCACGUCCUACCAAGACAGCAUAGACGACCUGUAUGACACGAUCGACUUUUCGCAGCGGCCGUUUCUAGUGAACCCGAAGAACCCGGACGAGAAGUAUGCCACCCCGGUGGAAGUUGUUUUUCGCGUAUAUCAAAUGCAAGUAUAUUUCCGUCUGGUGGAAACUUGUGCUGCUGAUGCUUGCAUUACGAACGGGCCGCUCUUACGGCGUAACAGCAUGAGAAGUUUUCCUCAGCGUUCCUUGUGGAUUUUAGUCAUGUUUAGCAUGACAAGCUACCAUAUGCAGCACGACAAAAGAAUUGAACAUCGGCAUUCUUGCAUCACAGAUCUUGUUGCGCUUCGCAUUUUGCAUCACAAAUCCAGACCCAGCCAUAUUUGCAGUGCAUAGCGUGAAGGAGUGGUCGAUUUCGAAGUCGAACGACCACGAGUUCUGCAAACUGGAGGGCUUUCUGGAGAUGCACUGGUACGACUACCGCUUGGACAACUUAUGCACUGCAAAAGUAUCGUACUCGUAUUGCAAUUAGGCAUUACAAAUCUUUUUCUUAAGGUGCAUCAGCAUUACAAAUUUUAUUUCUCAUGCUGAGGAAAUUUGUAAUGCAUUUAUACGAGUGCGAUAGUUUUGCAGUGCAUACAACUUCCCGAAAAACAAAAAAAUCCCGGAAAACACGUGGCGGCCGGAGAUUUGUGCACUAUGAACUGCAAAAUUAUCGUACUAGUAGUAAUUGCAAUGCAAAUUCGCUCAGCGUGACAAAUGGAAUUGGUCAUGCUGAUUUGCCUUGGGAACGAGAUUUGUCUUGCAUGACUGCAAUUACUACGAGUGCGAUACUUUUUCACAGGAUAUGCAAGCUACGGCUGCAACAUGGACAAGGCGGAGAAUUAUGAGGAGGUGCCCCGGUUCUACUACAACACGAAGCGAGAUGGCAAGGUUCGGAUCGAUUGCAGGUUUUUCUUUUCCGGUGACGGGGUAAACCUCGGCGCGGAUUUGGACCGCUUGCGCUCCUUUCCGUUCGACUCGGUGCGGAUCGACGUGUCUAUUUUUCUGUCCGGUUCCCGACGUGGGGAACUUCCCGGAGACCUCCAGGUCUCGUUUCAGCGGCCCAACAUGCCGACGAAGUUGGUCGACAAUUUUUCGGGAAAAUUUCAGCAAUUUCAGUGGAACACGGUGAAGCACUCGGGCGACUACGAGCUCUUCCGGGUCUCCUACGGGGAGGGGUUUCUCUCCCGGAACUGGCAAGCCGAGGAGCCGGUGGUCAAACCCGCGUUGAUGUUCUCCGUGCACUUGAAGCGGACCCCGGGAUUUUACUUGCAGAAGGGGAUACUGCCACUCUACCUCUGCGCGUUUUUCAGCCUGGUCACCUUCCUGUCGGAACCGAUCGACGUGGUGGGACGGUUGCAGAUGCUGUUUGCGCUGUUCCUGACCGCGUUUGCGAUCCAGUGGGUGACGCUGGAAAGGUUGCCAAGACUUCCCUUCAACACGGUGCUCGAUGACGUCGUGUCGCACGUGGUGGUAUCCCUCAUGAUCGCUGCCACGGGGCAGGGCUUUUCCUACCGGAUCGCGCGGUAUCAAGUGCAAAUAUGUCUGAGUCCUCUGGAAAAGUGCAACGUUUGUCAUACACGUUUGGCAUGACGCGUGAGGUCUGUGAUGCAUGCCGUAGCAUCACAGAUUCUGAUGUGAGAUCUUUACCAUGCCUUUUCCCCAUCAGAAACUGCCUCUCGGCCUUCUCAAAAGUGCACAGCUUUAUUGAUAAUCAUGCAACACAGAUUUUUGUAUGAUUCAGAUGUAGCAUGACAAGUUGUACUCUUCCAGACAUCCAGGGAUAUUUGCAAUGCAUACGCGGGAAGCGGCGCAGGAGGAGACUACUCUGGUGGACGCUAUGACCCUUGUCUAUCCUGAGGAAAAUAAACGUCCUCCCUACCCCAGCCUCAAUGAUUGGGAACUUAGCAACACAAAUGCCCAAGUUUUGGGACUCACGCAUGACAAGUUUCUCUCCCUCUCUAUUGGAAGUGUAGCUUAGCAAGUGCGGCUGCAUGACAAAGCCGCUCUCUUAUGCUGUUUACAGCAGUACAAAUGCGAAAGCACGACUAGAGCUGCUUUUUGUGGAGAUGCGCAUUACAAAUGGUCCUGUAAUUGCAAAUCCGCAUCACAGGAUGGGGACGUUUUUGCUCAGGAUUUUGUCGACACGCGGAUGAAGAAUUUUGAUUUCCAAAUUGCCACCAUCAUCGACCUAUGCACUGCAAAAGCAUCGUACUCGUACUAAUUCCAGACGUGCAUGACAAACCGUCUUCCUUAGCUAAAACAGCAUUACAAAUUUCAUCUGUCAUGCUAAGGAAAUUUGUAAUGCCAUUUAUAUGUAGUGAGGUCACCGAACGGUUCUAACCGGGGAGUUUUUUUGCCAUCUCCCCUGAAAAACGACCGGCAGUUUUCAAGCGGCCGGAAGUGUUUUUGAGGAUAAAAGGUUUUCACUUAUCAAGCGGGCGGGGCUUUGAUAUCAAACAAGCCCGAGCGGAUUCUAUCGAUUCGCACUUGAUAAAACGACGCAAAGGAGCCGCCAAAAGGGGCGCCCUUCUGAGGCGCCCACCCCCUUGGUUUCUGGCGAUUUGGGGCGCCCAAAAAGGGGCGCGCAAAAAACGCGCCCAAAAUCAGAACAGCGAAACAGCAUGGCACGGCCGCGAUUUCGGAGCAUUUUGGGCGGGCGCGAAAGCGGCCGCCUUUUCGCCGGUUUCAGAGCCUGGGAAGCUUUGCAAAAAGUAGCGCCGGCGUGAAAAAUAAAAACGCGAAAAAGAAAAAGCGGCCCGCGCGCGCAAAGCCAAUCCGCAUGCUAUGGGCCCGAUUUUUCUUCGCUUUUUGGGCGCCCCCCGUGGCACCCGGAUCGGCCCCAUAGCAUGGGGGCUGGCUUUCGGUAAGGAAUUUCGGGAAUUUGCCAAAAUUUGCGACGUUUCCCAAGUGGCCGCCAUACCGUGCGGCAUAACGUUACUCGCGGUGGUAUGGCGAGCCCAUAAAAAGCAAAGCCGCGGCCAAGGCUGCGGUCGGCAAAAAAACGCCCACGACCUCACUACCCCCGCCCCGGCGGCUAUAUUUGGUACUAGAACUUGUGCGAUGCUUUUGCAUUUCAUACGACCUAACGACGGCGUUCGUGAUUGUCUUCUACCUGAUCGUGUACAGCUACCUCAAGCGGUUCCGCACGGCGUGGCGCCAGGGGAAGAACCUCGCCGUAUCGGCGAAAAAUUUAGUGAAGGGGGCCCUGCGGCCGUGGGUGAACGGAAAGGAGUACCGGAACAAGGCCGUCAGGCCGUGCGAGGGGAAUUGUUGGCGAGUAGAUUUAACCCAGGAAUUCACAGAUAGUGGAAGCUUUCUCGGGAUGGGGGUGCUCACUGAGGCGGAGGAAUUUUAGAAUAAUUAUUCGAGGAACAAAGAAAGGUCGGCUGCGGAACGCGACCGACGACGAGUCGGCCGCUGUGUCUGAUCCAAAUGAAAAAAGAAGGUUUCUUGCUGUCAAAAAACUGUGCUCGGUCGGGGGCGGAGGCUUGCAAAGCAGGGAGGUCUUGACUUUGAUUCCCUUAGUGCACUGUAUGAUUGUUUCCUCACGUAGUGGCCAAAACGGUUUCUUUCUAAUCAAAAAAAAUGCAAGAUGUCAUCUGAGACGAUUUCAUCUUUUUGAUAACGACGAUUGGCGAUCAUGUGCAGCAAGGGAUGAUUCUUCCUUGCUCUGCAACUCAAGUGCUGC